ACGAGCGUUUCGGCGAGGUCGCACACCGCCAGCCCCGCCGCAGCGGCAGUGCCUUCCCCUCGCAGGCGGCGGACACGGUGGGGAGGUGUGGGAGGGUCCAGCCUUCCACACACCCCCCCCAGCUUUAUCUCCUCUUCCCCCACCGCUGGGUGGACGCAACCGGAGGGGAGAAAGGGCGGCCCGGAGGCGCGGAGCCCCGAGGGAGGAGGAGGCAGGGGAGCAUCUCCGAGCCGCCGCUCCCUGCCCGGUAGACGUGGAGAGGGGAGGAAAACUGCCGGCUGCGCUCCCGGCCCCGAGCUCCAAGGGGUGAGGGUUAAAAACUAGAAAAGGACCUGAGCGGGGACCUCCCAGCCUGAGAGCGGGCGUUGGGGGGAGCGACAUCCCGGGGAUAGUCCCCCUUCUCCGCUUCCCGGAGCUGCUGCCCGCCGCAGCCCCAGGAUGUGGGUGCCGCUGCUGCUGCUGCUGCCCGAGCUGCUCCCCGCCGUGCCGGCCCAGAAGCUCUCCGCACUCACGUUUUUGAGGGUGGAUCAAGACAAAGACAGAGAAUGCAGCCUGGACUGUGCUGGUUCUCCUCAGAAAUCACUUUGUGCAUCUGAUGGAAGAACUUUCUUGUCCCGGUGUGAAUUUCAACGAGCAAAAUGCAAAGAUCCUCAGCUGGAAAUUGCCUAUCGGGGCAACUGCAAAGAUGUUUCCAGAUGUGUGGCUGAGAGGAAGUACACCCAAGAACAAGCUCGAAAAGAAUUUCAACAAGUGUUUAUUCCAGAAUGCAAUGAUGAUGGCACAUAUAGUCAGGUUCAGUGCCACAGUUACACUGGAUACUGCUGGUGUGUCACUCCCAAUGGUCGUCCAAUCAGCGGUACUGCUGUGGCCCACAAAACUCCUCGUUGCCCAGGCUCAGUGAGUGAGAAACUGCCACAAAGAGAAGGUGCAGGAAAAGCAGUCUCCUUGCAAAUCUUUUCCAUUCUGAAUUCAGAUGAUGCCUCAGCUCCUGCGCUGGAAACUCAGCCUCAAGGUGAUGAAGAAGAUAUAGCUUCUCGUUAUCCUACAUUAUGGACUGAGCAAGUAAAGAGCAGACAAAACAAAACCAAUAAAAGCUCAGCAUCAUCGUGUGAUCAAGAACUUCAGUCAGCCCUGGAGGAAGCUAAACAACCCCAGAAAGAUAAUGUGUUCAUUCCAGAAUGUGCUCAGGGUGGUCUUUACAAACCAGUGCAGUGCCAUCCUUCCACGGGCUACUGCUGGUGUGUUCUCGUUGAUACAGGGCGUCCUAUCCCGGGUACAUCAACAAGGUAUGAACAACCUAAAUGUGAUAACAGUGCCAGAGCUCACCAAACCAAAACAAAGGAUUUAUACAAAGGACGACAGCUUCAAGGUUGUCCUGGGGCCAAGAAGAAUGAGUUCCUGACAAGUGUUUUGGAUGCACUGUCCACAGAUAUGGUGCAUGCAGUCUCUGAUCCAUCAUUGUCUUCCAGCCGGGUUUCAGAACCUGAUCCAAAUCACACCCUGGAAGAGAGAGUAGUCCACUGGUACUUCAAACAACUAGAUAAAAAUUCCAGUGGUGACAUUGGAAAGAAAGAAAUCAAGCCAUUUAAAAGGUUCCUAAGAAAGAAAUCAAAGCCCAAAAAAUGUGUGAAGAAAUUUGUGGAAUACUGUGAUGUGAACAAUGAUAAAUCCUUGUCAGUUCAAGAAUUAAUGGGAUGCCUGGGAGUAACAAAAGAAGAAGGUAAAGCAGAAACAAAGAAACGCCAUACAGCCCCUAAAACCAAUACUGAGAGCACUUCAUCUAGCAGGCAGCAAGUUUCCAAGAAGCAAGGGUGAGCAGCUUACUGAUCCAAGGCAGAACUCUUUGACAUGUGGGAGAUUUCCUCACCAAAAGGCAAUAAAAACAACUGUAGUAUUUGCACUUUGUACUUAAAAAUGUAAAUUCACUUUGUAGAAAUGAAAUAUUUAAACAGACUUUUUAUAAUCUGUGAAAAUGUAAUAGCUGAUUUUGAAAAAUUAUCACAUACAAUGUAUGUGCAUUCUUUUGUUGUCUGAAAUAUGUAAAACGUGUUGGAGAUGUAAAAGUUUGCAUUUAAACUUUUUGUUUUUUUUUUUUAAUAGCUCUUUGGCAAAUAUUAGCGAAGAAACCUGUUUCUAUGUAUUUUGGUUUCAAUAGUAUGCCUUCUUUUUCUUACCAAUACUGUCAUUUAAGUAGAGUUAUGCUGAAAAGUCUACUGUAUUCUCAAUUAUGUCCAAGAAAUGUUGGAUGUUAAGAUUUCUAAGAUUGAGGGAAGUGUGUAAAUUCCUGUUGACUUGUUCUUGCAGGUUUUAACUGAACAAUUUUGUCACAAGUGGCAAUAUUUUCUUCAUUGUGUUUUUAUUAUUAUGCUUCCCAAAGAUCAUGCAAUGAGAACACAACCACUAAAGGAUUCAAAUGUUAUUCUACAGUUAGGAUUCUGUUAGAAAAGUAUAUCCUUCUAUCCGUUUUUGAGGCAUGGUAGUUUUCCUCAUAGGAGUAAGGUGGAUAGUAAUGUGACUCCAGAGUGGUUUAACCUGAGUCUAAAAGCACGAUCCUGCAGUCAGCAGAAGUAGGAGAGGAGUCUGUAUGAAUCAGAAUUGUAAAUCUAACUAUGAAGAGACAGGGAAGGCUAAACAGAUUUGUCAGCCUUUUCUUCUACACCUGGCUGUCCCCAUUUGCCUUGGGGGUCUACCAGAGCCAAAGCUGAACAAAUUAUGUAUGUAUGUUAUGAACAGUUCCCAUAAGGAGGGGCUAUUCACCACUCCUGCCUGAAGUUUCACCUUGCUGUCUGAAAGAAGCUCUUAUAAGUUUUCAUACCUCCUCUGUCAUUUACCCCCACACAACACUUAUUGUAUGUGUGUUUGAGUGGAAAAAGAAAGAACUUGUGAUGUGAAUUUAGAGCAGGAGACUCACAUAAAUAAAGAUUCAUCUCUUGAACUGUUGCAAGUUACAAGCAGUUGAGUUGAUUGAUGUGGUUGUUGAUGGACUGCUGGCAUCUAGGAACUGUCAUGAAAAGUCAGGAAUGUUGCAACAAGCACUGAUUUUGUUCUGGCUUGUUUAAAUAAUGUGUGAGAUUUAACAUGAGAUUAGCUAAUCCUAAUAGCACCCUGGAUUGAGUUUGCACCAGAAGCAGCUUUGUUGCAAAUAGAAAUUUUCCAUUUUAAUUCAGUGUAUGGAUAAAUGCUGAAGUGAUAGGAAACACUGUAUACUAUGGAACCAUACCCCAGAAAAUGUGUACUCUUAAGCUUUGACAACAGGAGGAAUCAAGAUGCGAGUCUGUGUUAUCUUGUAUUUUUGUUUUUAAAAGUAUUUGUUCUUUUAUAAUGUUAAACUUUGAAUUUAAUCUUCUUUAUAGAUUAAAGCUCAAUAUGCUAUCAAA